AUGUCCAGUACAAGUGUGUCAAAUAACGAAAAAUUGCUUAGAUUGCUCUAUUUAAGUAAUACCUCUCCUAAAUAUAUAUCUGGAAAUCCUGACAAGUACUCCUUACCACAAAUUGAUGCAACCAUAUUUGAUGAAUACCUUAAAUUACCAGAAGAGUUUCUCAAGACCAUCGAGACAGUAUCUGCUUAUAAUAUACAUCCCCAGAGAAAAACAAUUUUCUAUGCUCUAGCGCGUUUUUUAAAUACCCAAAAACUGCCAGAAGAGGUUAAAUCAAAAAUAACAAAAACUGCCAUUGAUAUUAGCAAAAGUGAUGAGGAUUUUUUUGAUUAUUUAAAGUUUUGCACCACAUUUAGAACAGGAAAAACUAAAAUUUCUACUUGUGUGAGAAAACGAGUUAAAGCUUUUUACAAAAAUAAAACUGCAGAGGAGCUGGUGGAUUCGUACAUUCUACAUAAAAGUGUGCAUGGAUGGGAUCAUAGGACCUUAUUGAAACUUACUCAUAUUAAGUCGGACACUUUAAGUAAAAAUCUGGUUAUUAAUUAUAUUUUAUUAAAUGAUGUGAAAACAGAAAAUAUUAAAGAUGAAACCUCUAUGAAACUUAUUGAAAAUUUAAAAGAGAUUAAUACUCUAAGGACGACAAAGGAUGUAGCUGUGGCUUUACCUAUAAUUAAUAAGUUUAAAUUAACUCAUCAUCAUUUGACGCCAUUUUUACAAAAACAUCAAGAGGCUUGGAAUGCUGUAAUUUCAAACAUGUCAAUAAGGGACAUUCUUAAGUCGUUACCAAAAUUAUACAGGCUAGGAUUUUUGAAACAAAAUUUGGAAGUCUAUAAAAUCAUAGUUGCCUGCCUGACUGAUGCAGAAAAAAUUAAAAAGGAUCAAAUUUUUCCUUUGGAAAUUUUCAUUGCUCUAAAAAAUUUUGAGAAAGGUGGAAAACCCGUGGAUCCAAAACUUAUAGACCACUUAACAAAGGAAAAGAAACUAGGAGAAGAAGAAUUGGCAAAAGCUAAAACUUUAGUGGAACCCAAAUGUCCAAAUAUUGUUAACAACAUUCACAAAUGUUUAUCGAUGUCUUACAGUAAUAUUCAAAGCACAGGAUUAAAAUUUCUUAUUACAAUUGAUGUGACUGAAAGUAUGAACCUUCCAUGCCUGCACUCGAAAAAUAUCACGUCCAUCGAAGCAGCUCUGGCGAUUACAUUAUCAUUUCUGAAAUCGGAAAAAAAUGUUACUACUGCCUUAUUUAAAGAUAAGGAUAUUCAACUUAUUAAUUUUAAAUCAUCUGACUCAUAUUCAGAUAAUUUAAAGAAGUUGAAGGAACACAAAAGUACGUACAUGAUACCUUUUUCUGGUGUUGAAUGGGCUUUGCACAAAAACAAAUCAUUUGAUGUUCUAAUAAACUUUGUUCAUCAUCAUGAGUUUUCCUCUGCUGUGCCAAAGGAACAUAGAGACAAAAUAUCUAGAGGUUUAAAGUCUAUACACAAGUAUCAAGAAACUGUUAACAAAUCAGCGAAAAUUGUCAACAUUUGCUUGGCCACCUCACGUCUUGUCAUUGCUGAUGAAUCUCGUAACAUAAUUGACAUAGCAGGUUUGGACGAGGGAGUACCAAAAGUUUUGCACACCUUUCUGAAUGGAAAGUUUUGCUAA